UAAUCUAUAAAAUACCUAGUUGAAGAUCAACCAUUUACUUAUCCAUUCCUGUUAUACUUCUUUAAACAAUAUCAGCUCUCUGCUUAAAAUAAAUAAUUUUGUUUAAAUACAUUUUUCGGUUUUGUUAAUUUGAAUAUGUUUAGUUAAUUAUCAAACCUAGACCGCAAUGUUGAUAUCGUCAAUUUUAUUGGGGUGUUUAGUCACCCUACUUUCGUAUUUCAUAGUUUUCAUGAACAAACGUUUAAAUUACUGGCAGUCUUUGGGCAUAGCCAGUGAGAAACCAAAUUUUUUGUUGGGAAAUUUUACUGGUUUAAGAUCAGAAAGAUCUUUUACCGAAAUAUGGUUGGCGCAUUACAAAAAAUUUAAAGGCACUGGGCCGUUUUCGGGUUUCUAUUGGUUUAGCCAUCCGGCUGUAUUCAUUCUGGAUACAGAACUAAUGAAAACUAUAUUGAUAAAAGAGUUUCAUAAGUUUGCAGAUCGUGGUUUCUUUCAUAAUCCCGAAGAUGACCCCUUAACCGGGCAAUUGUUUAUGUUGGAUGGUGCCAGAUGGAAGAAUUUGAGGCAAAAGCUAACACCCACAUUUUCAUCGGGUAAAAUAAAGCUGAUGUUUGCCACAGUCAAGAGAGUGGCUGAGGAAUUGGUAAUGGCUUUGGAGAAAAAGUCCAAGGAAGAGGCUGAUAAUAUAGUUGAGCUAAGAGAUAUUUUAGCUAGAUUUGGCACUGAUGUUAUAGGCUCUUGUGCCUUUGGCAUAGAGUGUAAUAGUUUAACUAAUCCCGAGGCAAAAUUCCAUAUAAUGGGUAGACGUUUGAUGACCGAACAACGUCACGGUCAGCUGGGCAAUGCUUUGAUCUUUAAUUUUCCCAAAUUUGUAAAAAAAUUACAUUGGAAAAUGAUACCUGAUGAUAUUAGUGAGUUCUUUAUGGGCUUGGUAAGGGAUACCAUCCAAUAUAGAGAAGAAAAUCAAGUCAAGCGCAAUGAUUUCUUAGACAUGUUAAUGGAACUAAAAGAUAAUCAAGUUAUAAAAACUGAAAAUGGAGAGGAAUCCACCAAACUAACUUUGGGGGAAAUGGCAGCCCAAAUGGUUUUAUUUUUUACAGCCGGCUUUGAGACCUCUUCAACAACUCUAGGCUUUAGCUUAUAUGAGUUAGCCAGGCAUGAAAACAUGCAGCAGCAAUUAAGGCAGGAAAUAAAUGAAGUCUGGUUAAAAUAUGAGAAAAAUUUUAACUAUGACAGCUUAAAGGAAAUGAUCUAUUUAAAUCAAGUUAUACAAGAAACUCUACGUUUGUAUACCGUGUUGCCCGUUUUAAACCGCUGCUGUUUGGAGGAUUUUCCUGUACCCGGUCAUCCUAAAUAUAUCAUCAAAAAAGGCAUGAAUGUACUUAUACCUGCCAUAGCUGUCCACAGAGAUGAAGAGUUUUAUCCUUUAGCCAACGAAUUUAAUCCAGACAAUUUUCUGCCCUCUAAGGUUUUGGAACGUGAUUCAAUUUUGCAUUUACCCUUUGGAGAGGGACCCCGUAAUUGUAUUGGUUUGCGUUUUGGCCAAAUGCAAACCCGUUUGGCAUUGGCUUUUUUGGUGCAAAAUUUUAAAUUUUCGGUUUGUGCUCAGACUCAAAUACCGCCAGUUUUCGAUAAAAAUUCUUAUUUUCUGGGUGCCGAGAAGGGUGUUUAUUUGAAAGUUGAGAAAAUUUAAUGGUGUUUUUUUUGUGUUUUUAAUUAUUUCAAGUGCUAUUUAAACAUAUGUUCAGCAUCAUGAAAUGGUGUGCAUAAUUGUUUGACUAUAUUGUGUAUUCAAUAAAUCUAAAUAUAUUUUUUUUUAUUGUGAGCUCAUUCAUGAGAUCAUUUUUAAUGUAUUGGCUGUAUUGUAAAGUAUUUUAU